AUGUCAGCAUCAUCUUCUUCUUCUACCAAUCCCUACGCCGGAUUGAUAUCACAGAAUAUCACCACCGUCCCUUCCUUCACACUCGAGUCUGGAGUCAGACUCACCGACGUACCUGUUGCGUACAAAACAUGGGGCAAGUUGAAUGAGAAUGGAGAUAAUUGUUUGGUCAUCUGUCAUGCUUUGACGGGUAGUGCGGAUGUCGAAGAUUGGUGGGGUCCUCUCCUCGGUCCAGAUAGAGCUUUCGACCCUACCAGAUUUUUCAUCUUCUGCGCCAACGUCAUUGGGUCCCCAUACGGGACCAUAUCAAGUGUGACGACUAACCCGGAAACGGGUAAACCAUUCGGUCCUGAGAUGCCUGGAAGUAGUGUCAAGGAUGAUGUUAGACUCCAUUAUAUCAUUCUGAAAUCACUCGGCGUCCAAUCAGUCGCAGCGGUUAUAGGAGGAUCCAUGGGAGGAAUGACAUGUCUUGAAUGGCCUCUAAAUUCACCACCGGGAUUCGUCAAAGCGAUCGUACCGCUCGCUACCUCCGCCAGACAUUCCGCAUGGUGUAUAUCAUGGGGUGAAGCUCAACGACAAUCCAUCUAUUCUGAUCCAGAUUAUAAAGAUGGCUAUUACUUUGAACAAGACAACUCUACUGUUGACUUGACUAAACAGCCUACAAGGGGAUUGGCAGCAGCUCGGAUGGCCGCGUUGUUAACUUAUAGAAGUAGGGAUUCGUUCGAAUCUCGAUUCGGUAGGAGAUCAGGUAACAAUGCUACCAACAAGUCGAAAGUCCCCAAAGGCGGUGUGAGGAUCAUGGGAGGAAAGAAAACUACGGAUCCUUCUUCACCUUCUGAUUCCGAUGUGAAAUUACACAAUGAGGAGACUCCAAGGGAAAUAGCAUGGAGAGAACAUAAUGAUGGACAUAGAUCGAGCUCGAAUUUGGGUUCGAGGAGGAAUUCAGAUUCGGGUAAAUCAUCUACGUCUACGUCUAAUGGUAUGCAGACUCCGGAGUUGGAGAAGAGCUUGGUAUUGGGAGAAAACGAUAAAAUUGGUCAAGGUGUUGCGUUAGGUUCGGCCGCCGCGUUAAGUGCUCAACAGCAGGAUGGUAAAGUGGGUGGUAAUGGAACGGGUGCAGGAGGGGAUAAACAACCAAAGAUAUUUAGUGCGCAGAGUUAUCUGAGGUAUCAAGGUGAUAAGUUUACUGGCCGAUUCGAUGCCAACUGUUAUAUCCACAUUACCCGUAAACUCGAUACCCACGACUUAUCUCAACCAUCCACAGACUCUUCUCUCGGAUCACUUUCAUCGAAAUUACCACCUCACUCAUCAGAGGGCGAACCACCCAGUGAUAUCGAAUUGGAGAAACUCUUAUCCGAUGCACUAUCGCUCGAACCUCCCGCUCUGGUGAUUGGUAUUGAGUCAGAUGGUUUGUUCACCACCAGCGAACAGAAGGAGAUCGCUGCUUACAUCCCUGAUGCUGAAUUGGUUUUGAUCCCUAGUCCAGAUGGACAUGAUGGCUUCUUAUUGGAGUUCGAAGCUAUAAAUGGAUGGAUCGAUGGUUUCUUAAAAAGGAAAAUGCCCAAUUUCUUCCAAGAUCGAGUUAUCCCGUUGGAAGAGUACGGUAAGGCUAAAAAUGAGGAUGGGUUUGGGGUUAAGAAGGAAAGUGUAUUUGGGGAGGCGGAGGCGGACGUUACUAGGUGGUAG